AUCUUUACUCGAAAAAAAGUCACCUUCUUUUACAUUCCUAAUUCGAAAUGGCUACUGAACGCACUUUCAUCGCUAUCAAACCUGAUGGUCUCCAACGCGGUUUGGUUUCUGAAAUAAUAGCUCGCUUUGAGCGCAAGGGGUUCAAAUUGAUCGCACUCAAAUUACUUCAGCCCACUGCUGAGCAAGCUAGGGGUCACUACAUUGAUCUUGCUUCUAAGUCUUUUUAUGGUUCUCUUGUGGAAUACUUUUCUUCUGGCCCGAUUGUCGCAAUGGUGUGGGAAGGGAAAAAUGUGGUGAAGACUGGUCGUGUGAUACUUGGUGCCACAAACCCUGCUGAUGCGCUUCCCGGUACUAUUCGCGGGGACCUUGCUGUCGAUGUUGGUCGCAAUGUGUGCCACGGUUCUGAUUCUGUGGAAACUGCCAAGCGGGAGAUUUCCUUCUGGUUUAAACCAGAAGAAAUCAUCAGCUGGACUUCUCAUUCCUCCUGCCAGAUCUACGAGUAGGAUGUUAUAUGUAAUAAUUAAGUGAAAUAUUUUGAAGUAAUGGUCUUUUUAUUUUGAGAAAAAUAUUACUGAUGAUUCUUUUUAAGCUUUUUUUUUAGUGGCAUACUAUAAUUUGCCACUCAAUAUAAAAAUAAAUGAGGGAUUAAAAGCUCGAGAACAACGAAGAAGAGCGAUUGUAUCGCA